UGACACCGUCUACGGCUACGACCACGAUGACUGGCUGCACACGCCUCUGGUCGCUCCGGACACCAGGUUUGACCUGACCACCGAGCAGAUCGAAGAGACGCUCAAAUACUUCUUGCUAUGUGCAGACAGAGUGGGCCAGAUGACGAAGACCUACAAUGACAUCGAUGCAGUCACACGUCUGUUGGAGGAGAAAGAGAGAGAUUUGGAGCUGGCAGCAAGAAUCGGCCAGUCUCUCCUGAAGAAGAACAGAACUCUGACGGAGCAGAAUGACUACCUGGAGGAACGAGUGGGACAAAUCACGGAGGAGGUGGCCCAGCUGCACCAUGAACUGAACCUGAAGGAUGAGCUGCUGCAGUUUUACACCAACGCGGCCGAAGAGAGUGAGGAGGAGUCCGGCAGCUCCCCAACGGGGAAGAAAAGUAAAGUGGAAAGUGCUGCAGGAGGCUUCCUGAGUGAUACGCUCCAGAGGAAGCUCAAAGAUCUGGAAGAGGAGAAUCUGUCGCUCCGCUCAGAGGCUAACCAUCUGAAGUCAGAGACUGAAACCUAUGAGGAGAAGGAGCAGCAGCUGGUCAACGACUGUGUCAAAGAACUCCGAUUGUCCAGUCUCCAGAUUUCUGCAAUAGCUGAAGAGUUAGCGAGAAAGACAGAGGAUGCAUCCCGGCAGCAAGAAGAGAUCACACACCUCCUCUCUCAGAUAGUAGAUCUGCAGAAGAAAGCCAAAUCUUUCGCAGUAGAAAAUGAGGAACUUUCUCAACACCUGCUGGCAGCUAAAGACGCCCAAAGGCAGCUCACAGCAGAGCUGCAAGAGCUGGAGGAGAAGUAUUCAGAGUGUAUAGAGAUGCUGCAUGAAGCACAGGAGGAGCUGAAGAACCUGAGGAACAGAAACUACCCUGCAGGAACGCCUCGGCGCUUCCAUCCUCUGGGGCUUUACCCAAUGGAUUCUCUGGCAGCUGAGAUUGAGGGAACAAUGAGGAAGGAGCUGAGUCUGGAUGAGCCAGACUGUGAAGAGCAGAAAAGCCAUAGGAAACGGGUGUUUGAGACAGUCAAGACUGUCAACAAGACGGUCCGUCAGCGUUCUCUGACUCCAACCAGCUCCAACAUCCCGGGCUCCAACCAGUCUCUGUCCACCCGUACAUCCCCCCAGUCCAGUGGCCUCUCCACCCCACACUCCAGCAUCUACGGAUGUGACAUCAGUGGGGACAGUGUGGCCCUUGAUAACCGAACGCAGAGCAUCCUGAUGGAGACGACAUCCAACCAGGACAACAGCUCAGAGGUCCGAGAGAAGAAGUCCACCGGAGCUGAAGACCUCCGCCUCGCCCUGCGCCGCCUGUCUCUACGGCGACAGAACAACCUGAGCGAAAGACGCUUCUUUGAAGAGGAGAGAGAUCGAAGACGGGGAGGUCACGGAGGUCUAAACGAUGCCCUGGGCCAGGAGAGCGUUAUGACCCCCUCAGAAAGUAUCAUGUCCCUCGGGAACAUCCACGUUUGGGCCUCACGAGGGCCUUACCUCCCAGACAAACUCCAGAUCGUCAAACCUCUUGAAGGCUCUGCCACCCUGCAUCACUGGCAGCAGUUAGCUCAGCCUCACCUCGGUGUCAUUCUGGAUCCCCGGCCCGGAGUCGUGUCAAAGGGCUACAGACCCCUGGAACUGGAGCUGGAACAGGUUUAUCCAUGGGGGGGCUUAGAGGAGGAUGAACCAGGAGAACAGUACUUCCAGAAUCUUCCCACUUCCUCCGCAGUAGCCUCACCAGCAGUGCCGCCCACAUCCAGCACAAGUGACCCCAACCUCGGGCAACCUCCGACCAGCCUUGCCCCACUUUCUCCACCUUCUCCAUCACCAUCGCCACAUCUCAGCAACACUGACGUCCUGGCUGCAUACUACCCUGGUAAAUGCAUGGCCCACACCAGCUCUACCUACACCUUCACAACCUGUCGGAUCCUCCAUCCAACUGACGAACAGACGCGGGUCACACCAAGUCUUAACCCAGUCCCAUCAUCGUCCUCAUGUGUGAUGACCAGCUCCUUAUUGGGCACUCCAGCUGCUACACCCUGCACACCCCGCAGGCUCAGUCUCAGGCCAUCUGAAUCCUCAACUAACCUCAGAGAUGCAACACGCACCACCAGCACUUCCCUGGGGUUAGUGCGCCUUCUCCAGGAGAGAGGGAUCUCUGCAGCGAUGUAUCACCAGAGCCCAAGCCUGGAGCAAAGUCAGGGCAACGGAGGCGUCUUACUCAGUACCUCCAUCGCUCCUAACAGAGCACCAAACCCUGACCCCCUGCGCCCUUCUACCCCUCCCAAUUCACCUACAGGAGAGGGAGCUUCAGCUGCACCAACACCAGCUGGAUUCGACUUCAAGAGCCCAUCCUAUGACAACUUCCUUGCUUCCAAACCGGCUCGCUCGAUCCUGAAGGAGGUAACAGGCAGAAUGAGGGGCAGGCAGAGAGGGAGGGACUGUGAAAGCCAAACGGACGUUAGCGUGACCGUCCACAACCUCAACUUGCUGGACAAGGUGAAGCGGCUGGGUGUGGCUGGAGCUCCAGGGGGCAGAGCAGUGAGUCCCAGUCCCAUCCUGGGGCCUCUCGGUGGGCUGCGCAGAUCUGGCUCCCCUUUUGGGCCUGAUGGAAUGAGGAGGAACCGGAGUUAUCCUGGUAUGGUUGGUGCCAGCAUGGCAAUGAAAGCCCCAGGACCCCAGGAGUAGUCUGGACUGCUGCUGGCCAUCGGGGUCAGCCCGGGGUUGUGGAACAUCAGGACCUGUGAAGAACCAUUAGCGCUCUACAUGCCUAAAACUGCUGCACAGUACUGUGUAUCUGUGAUUAUACAGUGUGGCCAAUCAAACUCUUCCCAAGUGGCAUUAACAUCUCUGAAGACACUGAUAAAAUCUUGAAACGGAGAAGUGAGUGGCAUAGCAUAAUGUCUGAGUGUCACCAGUUAGUCCAACACCAGUUAAACCUUGACACCAGACGUACACAUCGGAGAAAAUAACUGAUAAAAAGGUGACAUGGGUCAACACUUCUGGCUGUGUAUUGUACAUCUGAGAGUUAAAAUAAUAGGUAUUUAAGUGUUUUAUGGUAAUUUAAAUCAGUGUGUUUCGACCGUUUUUCCUUGUAACCCCCAUACAUGUACCUAAGAGAACCAGAGCCCUCCCCAGCACCCAAGAGAGAAGAAAAAGUGACACACUGACACCAAAAAUCAACAUAGAUUUGAAUUCUUUCACUGACAAACCCUUAAAAAGCCUUUUUUUGCUUUUCUUACCAAAAGAUGUUUGUAUAAACUUCUUGAUAACUGCUUUUUCAAAGUUUUAUGCAAUAUUUACAAAUUUAGUCCUGCAGUGCUACUCUUUGCUCUUUAUUGUAUAAAGAAAUGGUGUCCAGUUGUGAUAAAACUGCUACUAUAGUCAAUCAAACUAGCCAAGAGUAGCAUGGAAGUUGCUGUUGGCUCAGAUUACAACUAAACCCCCGCUAGAAUGAUGCUGAUUGGUCCAAACAGUGUCUGGUUCAAGAGCUUUGUAAGAUGGAUUUGCGUGGAGUCUGGCUAAUCAAUCGGCUUUGCAGGGAUAAUGUCCUGUUGCUCAUUUUUGGAUCAAGCUUUGCAUAAAUCUGACCUCAGAGACUGGGAACCUACCCAUCUUUAAACUCUAAAAAGUCUCUUUGGUAUGAUAAACUAAGAUGACAUUAAUGCUCAGGAUGUACCCAAAAACGAUAAUUUCCUGUCAUUGUUAGCACACUGAUGCACAUUUGCUUCCAGUCUAGCGAUGUCUCUGGAUGGUUCUGGCUCUUGUAUCUAAAAGUGUUGGCACAUAAAACCAAUUAAUUGCCAUUUCAUCUAAUUUGACUGGGUGAAAUUACCCGUUAUGAGGCAAAUAUCUCUAAAGAGAGCUAUCUGUCUGGUGAAAAAUCCUCAAAAUAUAUCCCACUGCUGUCAACUUUCAUCCCUGCUUUGGAGACUGACUCUGCUGGCUAGAUGUAGUACUCCCACUCUUGCCUUUUUGGAAACGUGUCCACAAAAUCCCCCACACAUCCAGACAAACACUGACAUACUCUGUUUAAUCUGCCACCGCAAUACUUGGCUAUUUGUAGACGCUGUAGCACUAAAUCAUGCCUUUCUUCUUCUCUAUUAUUGGAUAGAAUAAGAUCCACUUUUACAGAAAACAAAAUACUAAAAACAUUAAAUAUGCCAUCCUUCCCCUCACUCUGUCCCCUUAGUACGACUCCUAAUUUACUAAAUUCCACCUGAAGUUAUUCCCUGUGAGUCACCGAGUCCUUCCAACCAUCAUUGAAAGAUUUUAUGUCAGUAUUAAGAUGCUUUGGUUGAGUUUCUAAUUGGCCAUUAGACAGGGAAGCUGAUGGUGCUUCCACUGAACUGGACGGAUCAAUAAGCUGCAGCCGCAGCUCACAGAGAGGGCAGAGACGGAUGAGUGAUGUGAUUGUUGCUAAUCAGCUGUCGUGGUCAGAAGCUUUUGGAUAAAUGAAGCAAUAUAGUGCCUCGACCAUCUUUGUUUGAAGAUUUCUGUUCUUCAUGUAAUGGGUAAAGGGUGUGAAGAGCUGUUUUUGCACUUUCAUUUAUUUAUUUAUUGUUAAAAAUCCUAUAAUUUAAACUCAUGAAAUGAUGUCAUACAUGUGUUCACUGUAUAUACAGCUCAUUUUCACCAUACCGUCAGUAAUGACUAAGGAAAUGUUAUGUGUAGUGCAUAACCAAGAACAUUAUUGUAAGU